UUCUCCAUAUCCCACUUUUAGACUUAAUCCUCGUUUCGAUGUGAUGGCUCACAAAUAGGGCUGUUUCUUCAUUUAUUCAGUUCUGCUGCUAAGACUACUAGAGGACAAACUGAUCACAUUUACACUCUCUGCUGCGGUCUAGCUCUACUCAGUGUGUUUCUAUUUGAAAUAUUUUCUAUCAAUAACGUGUUAUCCUUUGUCUUUUUUCCUGUAUAAAAAAAGACACCAGGACCAGUCCUACUGUGUCCUCUGUACCUCUUCUGUCCUCCCAAACCCAGCCGGUGGAGGCAGAUGGCCACCUGUCCUGAGRCUGGAUCUGCUCAGGAAGGGAGACAGUGAUCAGUGAUGAAGUGAUUCAACACAAUCUGCUGGCUUCUUUAGACUGAUUGUUUUUUUGUACAGUGCCCUGAGAUGACGUUUGUUGUGACAUGGCYCUAUAAAAAUAAACUUAAGCUUCAGAAAUUGUCAAGUUCAUGACCAUUUGUGGUUUUGUUCUUCUUGCACCAAUUUCGUGUGAAGAUUUGUUGCAAAUGUUUCACAAUUUGUGCCCAUGACUACCAUCUAUUUCUGUGGCCCCAGCUAUGUGUGACUGUCUUUAGGAAUGAGCCCCGACUAUAUUACACCCUGGUCCCUCCCCCAGAAGCGGUGCUAAAGUAACAGCUGAUGUCAGUCCUGCUUAAAGACAUACACACAUCUACGCACGCGCCACAACCUGUCUAACAGGGGAGGCACAGUGGAGGAACGGUCAAAGGGGAGGGGGUCUCCUACACCUUCUUCUCCCCUGCCCUCCCUGUCAGAUCAGCACUUGGCAAGUGGGAAGCUCUCCAUGCACCACUCACAAAUCCACAAUCCAAACCCUGAAACCCAAGUUACUACAGACAGAAAAGGGGCAGGGUUAUCUACUGCUCUCUGGACCCCCAUGUGCUGGCUUGGAUCAUGGAGCUGCCCUGUCUUCCCACUGAGACCCCCACCACAGUCAGCUCCUGCUCCACGGACCCCCCGUACGACAACUGCCCACCUUUUGGCCAGCGAGAGAAGGCCAGGGAGAAGGAAAUGGAGUGUAGGGUAGUGUGUCCUUUAGUAAGCAGACCCCCGGGACCCAGCAGCCCUCCGCCCGGUCUGGUCCCAGCUCUGGCUGAAGUUCAGACAGCGGUUGUUGGAGGAAGAGAACCUGGACCCUGGCCAGAUCGUGGCUACUACAGCUGCAGACGAGACCUGGGGGGACUGGCCUGGGAGUCGGAGCUGAGACCAGCCAUGAACAAAGCAAGAGGACAACAGGGAGUUUACUGGAGAGCAGAGGAGGGGGUUUAUCUGAGCCAAAGCCCCAGCCCAUCACAGAGCGAGGAGCAUCAGAGUGCUUUGUCCAUGUAUGAUAACCUCACUGACGCUGGAAUAACUGGCAGCCUCCAGGAAGUCUUCAACAUGGAAACAAGCCUCCAGGAGCYCGCCUACGAAGCUUUGAUCCCAGAAGAACUGUUGCAGGACGACACUGCGAGUGAAGGCAAGAGCCCCUGGUCGUCUUGUGAAAUCAUUCUUGCUAAGCUGGACCAGGACAAGGAGCAAGAACGGGAGACAGAGCUGGACUCAGUAUCCUGUGAUUUAGUGCAGAUGGACCAUCCUARGGCAGGUUCCACACAGCCAUACCAAACCGCAUCCCAGGUCCCGUGGCUUCCUGUUGAAGCUCAGCCAACACUGUCUCCAAGGGUGCCUCCUCCYGUACCCCUCGCUGACCCCUCGGCCAGUGCUCUUCGAAGCAUCCUCACCAACCUCCAGCAGCAGAUAAUCAGGCAGAAGGAGGAGUACGAGGCUCGGAUUAUCAGCCUGGAGCAGCGAAACGACGAGCUGCAGGCGGAGGUCGUUCGGCUGAAAGCGAACCUGUCGCAGCAGCGGCACUGGUACGAAGUCGUCCAGGCAAAGAUCGUGGAGUCGGAGAGCGCCCGGGAUGCCGCGGAGCGGCGCAACGCCACGCUGCAGAGGGAGAUGGAUCAGUUCUUCGACACCUUUGGAGAGCUCAACAACGAGGCGAAGAAGACGGAAUACAUCGUCAAGAACUUUUGAGAAACUUCACCUGUAGGUUGUCUGAUGUGAUCAGGUCUGAAAAGGUGUCUUAAAAUCUAGCUAAGGUCUUUGAUGGUAGUAUGUCACAAAGUUAAACAUACUCCUGCUUAAAUGAAAAAAAAAUAACAAUGUGAAAUAAACUGUAUUUGUCUUAUAAAGAUCACGACAACCACCAGAGAAUCACUGAUGUCCACUUUAUUAGUCUGAGUAUGGGGAAAAGAUGUUUGGCCAAGUGAUAAUGUUGUGGUCAUGACAAUCACCUGGGACAUCUCUGAGCUCUAAGAAGAGCUGAGGGUUUGGAGAACGACUUGGCCACUCAUCAGGAUUUUGUUUUUUUUGUUUUUUUUAAGGCAUGACAGAAGGAAUAAAAUCAUGGUUGUGUACAACAUGGUGUCCUCUGUGAUUCUGUAGUGUCAUAUUUCUGCUUGUCCAACACACUGUGCAAUCAGUUAGGGAAAAAAAGGUAGCUCUGCAGUUCAUUUAAAAAAGGUUCCUCUUUAGGUUGCAGGGUCCGGAUUCUAGUCAAAGACUCCCCCGACUCUUGAACUAUUUUAGAACGACUGCGUGCGCUUUGUUGRUGGGCACACUUCAUCCAAGCGCUCUUCAUUUACAAACUGGGCUUUCUUAAAAAUGACUCGAGAUAACAAUAAGAGUGAUGCACAGUACAAACCAAUAUCACAAACACACAUAAAGGCUUAGAAGGCAAGAAAAAAAUGCAGUCAGGCUUUUGGAACCAAACAGCAUCAUGAUGGUACUUAAAGUGAAAAAAUAAUAAAAACAGACCUGAAUGGACUUAUUUUAUGACAAAAUCUACAGUAUCUUACAGGUGGGAUGCCUUCAUGCAAGCUCAACAAGAUUCUUGUUUCUGUGUUUGUGUGUUGUUUAUGACAGAUUUCAUGGUUUGUUUUGGAACUCUUCACAACUAAAGGAAUGGUUCAGAAAAGAGCGACUCGUGCUUUUCUAUUAAAUGCUUUAACAGGAGGCUGACAAGUUUCACGGGCUUCAGUGUGGUUUGUGUGCAAAAUUUUGCAAGAACAAAACAAAAUAUAUAAAUACAUGUGUCAUAAUGUUAUUCCUCUUUUAGACUUACAGGUUUAUGAUCUGCCUUUGAUAUUACACACUGAUAGUCGGUACCUUAAGUCAAACAGGGUUUAUAUAUCUACAGAUGUGUUGACAGUCUUAAUGAAUCUUAUCUAUCUGUAAUGAAAGGGUCUAUAACCACUGAGUGUCAGAACUUGACAGCUUUACGUACAGUACAUCAUAUCAGGAAGUAAAACUGUAACACAGAAACCACUGCACCUUCUAGCUGUUAGAAGGAAAAGCUUGAAUUCCACGUCACACAUGCUAAUAAAAAA